CAGGGGCUGCAGCAGCGAGAGCAAUGGCGCUGUCCGUACCGGUCAACGGGCUGAAGGAAAGCGACAAGGAGCCAGUCAUCGAGCUCUUCGUCAAGGCUGGCAGUGAUGGUGAGAGCAUAGGAAACUGCCCCUUCUCCCAGAGGCUCUUCAUGAUCCUGUGGCUGAAGGGAGUCGUGUUCAGUGUCACAACAGUGGACCUGAAGAGGAAACCAGCAGACCUUCAGAAUCUGGCUCCAGGCACUCACCCCCCCUUCAUCACAUACAAUGGGGAAGUGAGAACAGAUGUGAACAAGAUUGAAGAGUUCCUGGAAGAUGUUCUGGCCCCACCCAAGUACCUGAAACUCUCACCAAAGCACCCAGAAUCCAACACUGCUGGAAUGGAUAUAUUUGCCAAAUUUUCUGCUUUUAUCAAGAACUCUAGACCAGAAGCUAAUGAAGCCUUAGAACGUGGCCUGUUGAAAACCCUGCAGAAGCUGGAUGAGUACCUGAACUCCCCCCUGCCUGAUGAGAUCGAUGAGAACAGCCUGGAGGAUGUCACAGUGUCCACACGCAAAUUCCUGGAUGGCAACGAGAUGACCCUGGCCGACUGCAACCUGCUGCCCAAGCUGCACAUUGUCAAGGUGGUGGCCAAAAAAUACCGCAACUUUGAGAUUCCCAAGGAGAUGACAGGGAUCUGGAGAUACCUGACAAAUGCUUACAGCAGGGAUGAGUUCACCAACACCUGUCCUGGAGACAAGGAGAUUGAAAUAGCUUACAGUGAUGUAGCCAAGAGACUCACCAAGUAACCAGCAUCUGCAGAGGAUCAGGUUAUAUCCCAUAACAAUGCUUCUAACAGACUGCUCUUUUCAUAUCAAUAGCAAUUGGUUUUUGCAUGAACUCGCAGUUACUCCAAGCCACGUGGAUAGACCAGGUACAGUAAUUACCUAAAGUUUGCAGACUUUAAUUACAGGCUUGUUUUUCCUGACCUCCUCUCACAGCCUCUGAGCAUGGUGGAUGCAGUCGUGUUCCUGUUGCACGGGGGUGACUCUGGAUUCUUCAUUCUGAAGGGUUGGCUCGCCCCUGCUGCUUUUCUCUGUAAACAUUUGGUCCAUGAUUUGUCCAGGAAUUGGUUUAGGAUCCUGUCUCACUGUAUGGUACAAGGAAUAUUUAUGUAUUUUGGAAUUUAUUGCUUUUCCAGAAGAUCUGUACACACCUGUCAUACCUGUGACACGUUGAACUGUACCUGCUUGUCUAUCCUAUUUACAUAGAGAAGGGAACUUAGUAUCCAAAAGAGCCAUUUGCAAAAUAUUUGGCAAUGUUUUGUUGGUUUGUUUUGUUGUAUUUUUAUAAAAUCUCUUGGAUUUGAAGUCAUGGUGAUGGUUGAGAAUGGACUUAAUGUGAACCUUGGAUUUGAGUGACCUCAGCAUCAGGGAAGUUUGAAUCCAGGCCUGAGAGCUGGGGCAAGAAGCUCCAAGCUCAGAGUUGAUUUUUUUGUGUCUUCAAGAGCUUGAGGAGAUUUAAACACCUGCAUUUGUAUGAAUUUUGAGUUGCAGCAAGCAAAUAAUUGUCAGGAUUUUCCAUCAGGAAACAGCAGAGUUGGAAGCUGCCCUCUGUUCACCUUAAGAAUUGCAAGUGGCUUUCUUUUUGGUAGUUAAGAGCCUUUUUGUUUUGUAUAGGUAUUUUUGGUGAUUUUUACUUAAGAAUCUGUUCUGUCAUAGCCCAAAUCCAUGGCAACUGUAGUGUCCUAAGUCUGGGUGGGGAAUAGCAGUGCAAUGAUUAGUGAUGCAAAAUGGACUGAGAGCCAUGAAAUGGGAAUUUUUAAUGCCCUUUCUUCCCUGAAGAAAGCUAAAGUGACCUUUAAAAAGAACAUUUGCCUUAAAUGAUAGUAGGGUGGUUUUUUUUCUGAAUGGAAACCUGGGAAUUUUGUAAAGAAUUGGUGGUGGAAUCCAGUCCUUUCCAUGGAAUUUAUCCCAAUUGCUUCUGUGCACCUGCACUGCAGUUUUGCAUACUCGUAAUCAUUGCACUACUAUACUUAAAUCUUUUUACAGCAACACUGAGGAAUAGCACUACAAUUUUUUUAAAAGCAAUUUUCAAAUGUUUCUAAACCAGGGAAUAGUUUUCUUGUUUAAAAUUAAUGGUUUUGAUGCACGAAAUAAACUGCUAGGUUAUUUUUAAAAGACCAUCAUAAACAACUCCAAAGAAUGCUAGACUUAUAUGCCUAUUUUUUUGUAAAGAUACUUUUAUAUUUAACUGAUUUUAGAAGCUGGAAAGUGCUAUUCCUGCUAGGUUGUUCUUGGAAUAUUUAACAUUCUGCAAUAACGUGAAAAUGCUGACACAAACACUUUUAUACACUAAUUGUUUUCUUUUUUUUUUUUUUUUUUUUUUUUUUUUUUUUUUUUUUUUUUUUUUUUGGUAAAGCACUGGCUUUCUGAAAACCAGCCUGACUUUUCUAAGCAUCCUGCUUUUGCUACUUUAUGUACCCAUGGAGUUAGUUGGACAUAGAAGAGGUAGAGAAGCAGAUCCAUAUUUGUAUCCCUGGCUUGUGGUGCCUUGCCUUGCCUUCCUAGAGCUAGAAUUCCAAUAUAAGGGCACUUAGCAAUCCUGUCACAUCUCUUUCAAAGGCAACUCUCUUAGAUACACCUAACCCCUGUUGUGAUUUGUUUCAGGAAUGUUUAGGCACAGAGGGACAUCCUGGGGAGUGACCUGGUUAGGAGAACCUUGGCUGUAGCCCUUGAUGAAUUACUGUGUUCUGAUGCCACGUUCCCCUCCUCAAUAAUAAAGUUCCUCAGCCAUAAGAAUCCUCUGUAGGGCUUCAGUCUCUGCCACAACGUGACAUCUAGAAAAAGGAAUGACUUUUUUAUUUAGAUAACAACAUUUUUAUUGACACAUGGGGUGAAAAAUACCCCAAACCCAACCCUCCUUGGUUUGGUGCUCUUGGCCACCACAGAGUUCACAAAGCUGUAGGAAGUGAUUUUGGGCGUAGCUUUGAAAGGAGAGCUAAAAACUUCACUAAAGCAGAUCAGGAUGGCCCUUGGAAGUUGUGGUGAUGGGGUUGUGGGGUCAGGCUGUGCUCCCUUCCCCAGGGAAUUGUCCCUGGAGUGCAGAGAGCAGAGCACCCACAGCCAGGAGCUGCUGCAGGCAACCCCCACUCCUUAAACACCACCUCAGACCCCUUCAAACCCCUGCCCUCCUCCCUCAGAGGUUUAACUGUGUCUGAGAGCCUCAAACAGAGUUCCAGCUCUGGCUGUGACCAGCGGGUUCCUGAUCUCACCCAGAGCAGGAAUCCCUCGGAGCUGGAACCCCAGCCAGCUCCAGCCUGGCACAGGACCUGUCCUGGGCGUCCCUCAGGCUCCCUGCUGCAGUUGUGUUGUGGCAGGAGCUGCCCAGCCCCUCCUGGCUGGGGAGGGAGCAGCAAUCUGGUGCAGGGGAGCAGCUCCAGCUCCGUAGGUGAUCCCUGCAGAGCAGGGGAACGGCGGCGUCUGCUGUGGGCACAGCGCUUUCAUCUGGCCCCAAUCACCAGCUCCACACUAAUUAAAGAAGCCCUUUCAUAACUAUGUAAAUUCCUGACUUCUGUCAACUUGUUUACAAUCUGAUCUUUAAAUGCAUUUUUAAUUUCAUCAAACAGCAAUUAAUCUACCCCCUGUUUAAAUUUAAAAUGCUGCUUCUAGCCCCUUCUCCAAUUUAAAAACAGCAGUUACCCUUUCAAGUAGGCAUUCCAGUUUGCAAGUUGGUUGCAUGUAUUAGCAUGCUGAGUAACUCACUUUAUUCUCAAGCUGAAAUAUGCUUAAAUUCGCAUUAAAACAGGUGACUUGUGUAUUUCCUGAACACAAGGGGAAAAUCCAUCACCUGCACCCUGUUUUUGUGUGGGAGAACAGAUUAUCCUAGGUGCAUUAUUAUUUUGUUUUUUCCCCUUAACGAAGCUUUUCUUUCUUGAGGAGAUCCCUGCUGUGGAGAGGCUGCCUGUGGAACAGGAGGUGUGUGGGACUUGUGGAACAAUUCCAGCCUGUCCAUCCCUUCCCUGGGUGUCCCACAAGGCAGCCCCAGUUUGCAGCUUUGCAUUUUCCCAUAAAAUCGGUGUUUUCUCCACACUGGGCAUGUCCAAACGGAUCCAGAGCUGCGUGAUAAGGAGAGAGAUGUAAUCAAAUUUUUAUGCUAAAGCAGCAAAUUAGCAUUUGGUAUCAAAGGAGCACAGACAGGAGUAAAUGGGAGCUGCUGGAGCCAAACCCACUGAUGCCUAUCUGGGUGCAGAACAAAAAGUGGUGAAGUGCAGCCAACUCUGCUGCUCUCCCUUUGCCACUCAGAGCAUCUGAACCCAUCCAGUGAAGAUUUUUCAGGAGAAGGCUGUAACCCAAGUGAGAAAUGCUCCAUCUGCCUCAGAACCUGUGCCACCAACUCCUGAGCUUGGUUUCUGCAGGGGGUGGGAGCAGGAUGAGGGGAUGGAGACUCCCAAGACAGAACAUCAAGGACUGGAGCGUGGUUUGCAGAAAUACUUGAAGAGUUGAUACAAUUUGUUGUAGUUUGCUUUUGUCUUUCACUUUCUGGAACAUCUUUUACAGAUAUACCAGUAUACUGCUGGCAGCUAUUGUUAAAUAAAAUUAUAUUUUCACUACCAA